GAAGCCCAGCUGCAGCGGAAACUGGGGCCGACUCUAUUUGCGAAGCUCGCCAAGAGGGAUAUUGACGCGCUGCACCAAGCGGGGUAUGACGGGGAUCUGCUCCGCUGCGCGUCCACUCGUGAGGCUCAAUGAGCUUGAGGCCAUGGGUGUGCCCACGCUGGGUGCCCGCCUGCGCAUUCUGGAGGCCGCCCGCCAGUACGGCAGCCAGAGCACUGUGCGCAUGGCGCUCCUGUGUAAGGACGGCCAGGACGGCGCCGACGGGGCGGAGCAGAUGCUCAGCGACGCGCUGGGGCAGGGCGGCGCGGAGAGCGCCGCCGCCUGGGCCCACAUGGGCGGCGGGGACAGCGAGGACACGGCCGGCGGCGGCGCGGGCAGUGGCAACAAGCGGCUGUGAGAACGUGGGCGGGGCGCUGUGAUGCUGGCACUGCAGGAUGACUGCCGCCAGCCGCGGCAGGGACGUGGGUGUGACGAGUUUCCUAACAAUCCAAGCAGAAGAUGCAUAAUAACAGGGUAAAGACGUGGGGUAAAGAUGGGGCAGUGCUGCAAACGGUUGUUGGGUCUUACGUGCCGAGUGCUGUCGGGUCGGCCGUGGGAAUGUUGCGUGAUGGGGAUGCUGGGAGUAGCGUGCCUAUCCACUUCUGCAUCACGGACAUCUUCCCUAGAUCCUCUGGGGACUGGGGCAGCACCGUAUCAACUCUAUCAAGCUUGACAAUGGAGAGUGGGUGCGUUGUGUUCGGCACUCCCUCGUCUGUAAGGGAGGAGCAGU